CCUGCGAAUCUCAGACUAGCCAAAAAUUCUUCUCCAAGCCAGGUGAAGUUGGCCGGCUGAUACCAGAAUUUUGGAAUAUCCUGGACAAGGUGGAGAAGCUUAAGGUGGACUUUAAGAACUUGUCAUCCCAUGGGAUUUAUUGCCUGAGUUCAUCGUUCGAUAGGAAAGAAAAUGAUGAGGUGUUGGACUUUCUAGGUGUGGGGUUUGUGGAUAAGCAGUGGUACGCGAAUUGCAUUCAGAGUUCCAAUCUUAUUAGGGAAGUUACUGAGGAGGUUUACUUGGAUCUUCUUUGUUUCCUAGCCAAUAAAUGGCAGGAUUUCUUCAAGGGCACCAACAUGGCCAACAUACCUCUCAUAAAGUAUGUAGACGUGAGUGGCAGUUUCUCUUUGCGGAGCAUAAACGGAGCAGCUUCGUCUAGCCAGAAGAUAGGUAUUGCCUCAGAAAGCAAGAACAUUUCCUGGUUGAUUAGUUGGAGCCGGGAAUUCUUGUCUUCUGCUAUAUUUUUUGUACCUCAAAACACUCAGACAGUUCUUGCAACAUAUCCCAGACAAGCUACCAUCAUAAGUUGGUUAAAAUCGAACGCUGAAGUCCAGGUUUUAGACGUGUACAAUUAUGGGCUUAAGGCUUUGCCAAGCCUGCGGGAUGAUAGAAGGCAUGUGAUUGCGUUCGCUCACUUCCUCUAUCACUCCUGUUCGAAGGGCUAUUUGACAGAGUGGGCUGUCAAGGAGUUGUGCAGUCGCAUGCCGCUCGUGAAUAGCUACGGAAAUGUGACUGCACAAACAAAAAAGACUUUGGUUCCCGCAAAAUGCAGCCGGUGGGUUGGAUUAUUGGGUUCGAAUGUUUGGAUAGGGGAGGGUUAUGUUGAGAUGGGAGCAGACUACAUUAUGUCUGGUAAUUUCGCUGGAAACUAUACUGCUGAAAAGAUACUUCUUCCCUUCCUUGAGAAUCAUAUUGGAGCUUCUGAUGUUCCGAAGAUAUGUCCUCCAAAUGCCCCAUUUUCUACUGCAUCUUCUCCUUUGACGAAGGAGAACACCUUCUUGCUCUUAGAAUGGAUAUCAAAGCUGAAAUAUAGAGGUAUUCAAAUUCCGCAAAGGUUUCUGCAUUGCAUCAAGAGUGGAAGUUGGCUUAAGACAUCAGUUGGUUACAAGCCCCCGUCUGUAUCGUUCCUUUCUAAUUCUGACUGGGGAAGUCUCCUGCGCAUGGAGUCCACUCUCAUUGACAUACCCAUGGUGGAUCAACGGUUUUAUGACUACAAGCUUGGCAGUUACAAGGAAGAGUUGAGAUUCAUUGGUGUUCGAUUCGAUUUUGUGGAAGCAUCAACUUACAUCGGCAACCAUCUCAUGUCAUUGGCAGCAAACUCCACUUUGUCAAGUGGAAAUGUAAUCUCUCUUCUUGAUUUAAUUAGAGCACUGAGGGAGAAGAGACUGUCCCCGGAACAUCUCAUCUCUAGCAUCAAACAUGGAAGUUGGCUGAAGACUUCUCAGGGUUAUAGAUCUCCAGUUGGAUCUGUUUUGAAAACCUUUGAGUGGACAACGGCCUCACUUAUAAGCAAUCUUCCCUUCAUUGAUCAAGGCUUUUACGGCGAUAGAAUUCUCAACUAUGGGACUGAACUUCAGCUACUUGGUGUUGUAGUCGGCUUAAAUCAUAAUCACCAACAUGUUGUAGACAACUUCAAGCUAACUUCUCCAGUUGCAGCUGACGCCGCGAUUCUGAUACUUGAUUGCAUUCGCUAUGUGAAGUCAUCUGAAGUGUUUAUUAAUAAGCUCAGGGGGUUAAGUUGGGUUAGAACCCAUACCGGAUACAAAUUGCCAAGGGAAUGCUUUCUUGUAGAUUCGAAGUGGGAAUGCCUCCUCGAGGUAGUUGAUGAAGUUCCAUUGGUUGAUCAGGCAUUUUAUGGUGGUAGGAUUGGGUCUUAUAAGGAAGAACUGAAGAAAGCUGGGGUGCUCGUGAGUUUCGAGGAAGCAUCCAAGGCCAUUGCUAACCGGUUUAAGCUACUUUCAUCUUCAUCUAUGCUUACAAAGAAACAUGUUUUCGCAUUGCUUUCAAGCUAUCGUCAGUUGACCAAUAUUUCAUACAGAUUCCCUUCUGAUCUUACCAAUUGUAUACACACAGAAAAAUGGAUACGCACCCGAACAGGGUUCAGAUCUCCCAAAGAAUCCAUCUUAUUUGAGGCGGAAUGGGAGUCAGUUUCGCCAAUUGCUACUCUUCCUUUUAUUGAUGAUACUGAGGCUUACUAUGGCAAGGGAAUUUAUGAAUAUAAAGAUGAGCUCAAGGCUCUGGGUUGCACUGUUGAAUUCAAAGAGGGAGCCCAUUUUGUCGUCACUAGCCUGAACAUCCCUAAAGAUCCUUCAUCUGUGAGUGCACCUAGCUGUCUUUCGUUGCUCAAAUGUAUUCGGAAUCUGAAGGGGAAAAAGGCGGAAAUUUUUCGGGAGCAGUUUAUGGCAAGUAUUGACAAGAAGUGGUUGAAGACAGCCAUGGGUUACAGGUUCCCCGGUGAGUGCAUUGUCUAUGAUUCGAAGUGGGAACCUGUUUUAGAAAGGGGUGAUGGACCCUUUCUUGAUCAGGAUUUCUACGGGUCGGAUAUUUCAACGUAUGGAGAAGAGCUAAAGAUGUUUGGAGUUAUUGUGGGAUAUGGUAAUGGAUGCAAAGUGCUAGCUGAUCAUCUCAAAUGCCACUGUCAGACUAAUGCCAUAGUUAGAGUUUACAAGUACUUGAUGGAGUUCAAAUGGGAACCUGAAGAUGGAGCUUCUGAUUGGAUUUGGAUACCAGAUGGCGCCGAAGGAGGCAAAUGGGUCGGAUCAUACUGUUGUGUUCUUUCCGACAAGGAUGAUCUCUUCAGCUCUCAGCUCUAUGUUCUUGAUAAGUAUUAUGAGCGCAAGUUGCUCGGAUUCUUCUCCUUGGCACUGAAGGUUAAGAAUGUUCCAACUGUCGAAGAUUACUGCAAGCUCUGGUAUAUGUGGGAAUCUGCCCUUCAUCAACCAACUGAAGCUGAAUGCAUUGCUUUUUGGGUCUUUAUUGCAAAGCACUGGUUUUUGAAGACGACAAACCAUCUUCUGGAGAGGAUCACUAAGGUUCCAGUUCUUUCAGGGAAUGGAAUUGUGCUAUCUAACAAGCAAGAUGUCUUCGUUCCUGAUGAUCUUAUGUUGAAGGAUUUGUUUGAUGAGGCCUCUGAAGAAUCUGUAUUCAUUUGGUAUCCUCCAGCAACUAUACCUUCAACCUCUCGGGCUAAAAUGAACUUAAUCUACAGCAGCCUAGGGGUUCGAACUAUUUCUGGGGCUAUUGAAAAGGACCAGUCCUCCCUAUCAAAAAAUGCUGAUUUCAGAAAACAUCAUUCAAAAGGAACCAUAAUAAAAACUUGGUUGGUUAGAAUUGUUCUUGGGUUUCUAGCAGACCCUUUUCUUGAUAUAUGCCUUGAGGAUAGGCAACAGAUUAUUAAGUGUCUUCUUGAUUCAACAGUCUUUGAGACUGAUGAACCUAUUACAAUGAGUUAUCGCCUUCAACUUUCCUCGGGCAAGACUUUGAUAGCCAAGGCAAGUAGAAUUAUUCGAUGGGAAAAGGAGAACUCAAAGUUACUCAUUCAGAAGAUUGAUAGGUCAGGCGGACAAAGAGCAAAGAUUGAGUUUGCUAGCUACUUUUCUCAAGCGAUAUCGGAGGGACUGUUAUUUGAGAGGGCUGAUCAUAUUGCUGCACUCGCUGAAGUUAUUAAGCUCAGCUGCCUCUUGGAUUUUGAUGAUGUUGCUGUGGGAUUCCUGAUGAAGAGCAAGAACCUGCAACUUUUUGCGGAGGAUGAGGAGUUCUUGUCAUCGGCAUUCUCCUUGACAGAAACAAAGAGCACAAAGUUCGUUAGCAAUUUCUUUUCUCUGUUUGUGUGAUGAUAUGUUUAAUUUCCAGUACUAGCUUUCACUUUGAUCUUUAAUGUUAUGUGA